CCGCUGCGCCCGCGCUGCCUGCACACGGGCGGCAUCUCGGGCAUGCCCCGCGCCGCCGUGGCCAUCAGCAACUGCGACGGACUGGCGGGCCUGAUUCGCACCGAGCGCGACGAGUUUUUCAUCGAGCCCCUGGAGCGUGGGCGGCAGGAGACGGAGGCGCACGGCCGGGCCCACGUCGUGUACCGCAGGUCGGCCGCCCGGCGUGACGGCCCGCGSCCCCUCCAGCACCUCCCCGUCACAGCACCCCACUCGCCACUGGGAGAGCUGCCCAACUCGCUGGAGCUGGUGGCCGAGCGGCUCGCCGAGGCCGAGCGCAAGCGGCGCCACGCCAAGAGGGACGACUACAACAUCGAGGUCCUGCUCGCCGUGGACGACUCGGUGGUGCGCUUCCACGGCAAGGAGCACGUCCAGAACUACGUCCUCACCCUCAUGAACAUAGUGGAUGAGAUUUAUCAUGAUGAGUCCCUCGGCAUCCAUAUCAACAUCGUGCUGGUCCGGAUGAUCCUGGUGGGAUACCGGCAGUCGGUGAGCCUGAUCGAGCGCGGGAACCCGUCGCGGAGCCUGGAGCAGGUCUGUCGCUGGGCCCAUGCGCAGCAGCGCUCCGACCCGGAGCACGCCGAGCACCACGACCACGCCGUGUUCCUCACCAGGCAAGAUUUUGGUCCCGCAGGUAUGCAAGGGUACGCGCCAGUGACGGGGAUGUGCCACCCGCUCCGCAGCUGCACCCUCAACCAUGAAGACGGCUUCUCCUCGGCUUUUGUUGUCGCCCACGAGACCGGCCAUGUGUUGGGGAUGGAGCACGAUGGCCAGGGCAACCGCUGCGCAGAUGAGACCAGCAUGGGGAGCAUCAUGGCGCCGCUGGUGCAGGCCGCCUUCCACCGCUACCACUGGUCCCGCUGCAGCAAGCAGGAGCUGAACCGCUACAUACACUCCUACGACUGCCUGCUGGACGAUCCCUUCGAGCACCACUGGCCCAAGCUCCCCGAGCUCCCGGGCAUCAAUUACUCCAUGGACGAGCAGUGCCGCUUUGAUUUCGGCGUGGGCUACAGAACGUGCACGGCGUUCCGGACCUUCGAUCCCUGCAAGCAGCUGUGGUGCAGCCACCCGGACAACCCUUACUUCUGCAAGACCAAGAAGGGGCCGCCGCUGGAUGGCACCGAGUGCUCGGCGGGCAAGUGGUGCUUCAAGGGGCACUGCAUCUGGAAGACCUCGGAGCAGCCCUACAGCCAGGACGGCAGCUGGAGCUCCUGGUCGCGGUUCGGCUCGUGCUCGCGGACGUGCGGCGGCGGCGUGCGCUCCCGCAGCCGCAGCUGCAGCGACCCGCCCCCGGCGUACGGCGGGCGCCACUGCCCCGGGGCCGCCUACGAGUACCAGGUGUGCAGCGGCGAGGAGUGCCCGGGCCCCUACGAGGACUUCCGCGCGCAGCAGUGCGCCAAGCGCGACUCCUACUACACACACCAGGGCGCCAAGCAUGCCUGGCUGCCCUACGAGCACCACGACGAUGCCCAGAAGUGCGAGCUCAUCUGCCAGUCGGCGGGCACGGGCGACGUGGUCUUCAUGGACCAGGUGGUUCACGAUGGCACCCGCUGCAGCUACCGGGACCCGUACAGCGUCUGCGUGCGGGGCGAGUGCGUGCACGUUGGCUGCGACAAGGAGGUGGGCUCGCUCAAGCAGGAUGACAAGUGCGGCGUGUGCGGCGGCGACAACUCCCACUGCCGCACGGUGAAGGGCACCUUGGCCAAGGCGCCGAAGCAGCUGGUGGGCGUUGUGAAGAUGUUUGAGAUCCCCGCUGGCGCGAGGCAUGUGCAGAUAGAAGAGAUGGAGCCGGCGACCCAUGGCAUUGCUGUUAAGAAUCAAGCCACGGGAGACUUCAUCCUUAACGCCAAGRGCAAGGAAGCCAAAAGCCAUGUGUUCAUUGGGAUGGGCCUGGAGUGGGAGUACACCGUGGAAAACGGCAAGGAGAGCUUGAAAACCAGCGGCCCCCUGCAUGAAGCCAUCAGUGUCUUGGUGAGUCCUGAGGAGGAGGAGGCCAAGAGCAGCCUCAUCUACAGGUACAUCAUCCACGAGGACCUGCUGCCGCUGAUCGGGAGCAACAACGUUCUGCUUGAGGAGAUGGAUUCCUACGAGUGGGCCCUCAAGAGCUGGUCACCGUGCUCCAAGGCGUGCGGAGGAGGCRUCCAGUACACCAAGUACGGCUGCCGCCGGCGAAGCGACAGCCGCAUGGUGCCCAGGAGCCUGUGCGAGCCYGGCAAGAAGCCGAAGCCCAUCCGGCGCCGCUGCAACCUGCACGAGUGCUCCCAGCCAGCCUGGGCGCCCGAGGAGUGGGGCGCCUGCAGCAGGACGUGCGGCAAGCUGGGGCUGCAGGUGCGGGCCGUGCCGUGCGUGCAGCACCUGCCCAACGGCACGAGCCACGCCGUGCACGCCAAGUACUGCGGCGGCGAGCGCCCCGAGAGCCGGCGGCCCUGCGCGCGCCCGCCUUGCCCGCCGCAGUGGCGCACGGGUGCCUGGUCGCAGUGCUCGGCGAGCUGCGGCGAGGGCGUGCGCCGGCGGCAGGUAGUGUGCAAGGGCAGCGGUGGCGGCGGCGCGGCCGCGCGCUGCGCCGGCCCCAAGCCGGAGGCUGUCGGCGUGUGCCACGCGCCCRGCUGCCCAGGGCAGCUCCCCGGCGUCGCGGCCGGUGAGCCCGUGACGCCCCCCGUGCAGCGGGUGUCCCCGGUGGGGCCCCAGAACCCYGUCAGCAAGGUCUCCUCCAAGGAGCCCUGCCUUGGGGACAAGUCCAUCUUCUGCCAGAUGGAAGUGCUCGCCCGCUACUGCUCCAUCCCCGGCUACCACAAGCUCUGCUGCGAGUCCUGCGGCAAGAAGACCGCGGCCACCGGCCCGCCCGACCAAGCGGCCUCCGCCAGCCCCGCGGCGCCGAGGCCCCCCGBGGCCACCGCCACCCCGGCGCCUCGGGACGCCACCGUGGACAUGUCCCCGCCGCCAAGCCCGCGUUCGGGCGCUGCGCUCGGCACCGCUGCGCCGCCCGCCACGUGA